AUGGGAACUCCAACUCCGUCACAACUCGGCUUGAUCACCGCAAUCUACUUCAUAGGGGUUUUCUGUGGUGGAGUUCCGGCGUCCAUUGUUACGGACAGAUUUGGACGAAAAUGGGGAGUGACGGUAGGCCAAAUUCUCACCGUUGCCGGUGCCUCAUUUCAGGCUGCCUCGCGAGGUCGAGCACAGUAUAUGGGGGCACGUUUUGUCCUCGGCUUUGGCAUUGCGUUCAAUAUGUGUGCCGCAGCGACGUUAUUGAGCGAACUCGCCAUUCCCCAGUUCAGAGGAACUCUGGUAUCGUUGUUCAACCCAUUCUGGUAUGUCGGUUCGAUUAUAGCCGCAUGGACCUGCUUCGGUACUAGUCACAUGCCAAAAACAGAUGCAUGGGGAUGGCGAACCCCCUCCUUGCUACAGGCGUUGUGUCCAACUUUCGUGCUCUGCUUGAUCUACUGGGUGCCAGAGAGUCCCAGGUGGCUUGUUUCAAGAGGGCGCAACGCGGAAGCUGUUGCCAUUAUUGCAAAGUACCACGGCACCGGCAACGAUGAUGACCCAACCACGUGCGCUGAAAUCUCCGAGAUUGAGUUGGCCCUCCAACAGGCUCGCGAAGGCAUUCGGUGGAGCGCCCUUGUCACCAAGAAGGCCAAUCGUAACCGAAUCUCCGUGGUGAUCGUGAUGGUUCUGAUGUGUCUCUGGUGUGGUCAGAACAUCAUUACUUACUACUUUUCACCCAUCCUCAAUUCGAUCGGUAUCACAGGAUCUACAAAGCAGACCGGGAUCAACGGCGGCAUCAACAUCGUAAACCUCGUAUCAUCCAUCCUUGGUGCAUUCCUCGCGGAUCGAGUGGGACGGCGAAAGCUCUGGAUGACAUCAUUCGCAGGCAUGAUCGUGGUCGGUGUGCCCUUCACAGUCCUCUCGGCCGUGUACGUGCAGACCCGCAAGACCGGCGCGGGCUACGGCGUGGUGGUGUGCCUGUUCCUUUACGACGUGGCAUACAACAUCGCCUGCAACCCCUUGCUCUACUCGUACGCCACCGAGAUCAUGCCGUUCUUCAUGCGCGCGCGCGGCCUCGCCGUCAAGACUCUCGUUGGUCAGAUCGCCCUCAUCAUCAACAUGUACGUCAACCCGAUCGCCCUCGCCGCCAUUGGGUACCACUACUACAUCUUCUUCAUCGGCCUGAACUGCUUCUGGCUGAUCCUGAUCUUCUUCUUUUUCCCGGAGACUAAAGGCUAUUCGCUCGAGCAACUCGCCGUUUUGUUCGACGACGGCGUCGACACCGGCCGCGGUGGACCGGACGGGCAGGGAGCGACAGACAGGUCCAUCGUCGCCGCGGUAGAUGACAAGAGCCAAUCGAUCGUGGAGGUGCAGUCGAGCGAGAGUCAGACGUCCUCUGAGAUGGAUGAAAAACAUCUCAAUUAG